UUGCAGUUCAUGGCACGGGAGAAUGCACUCCGCAAAGAAAAAACGGAGGUAGAGGAGAGACUGGGCAGAGAAAAUACUGGACUCCGGAAGGAGCACCUCCAAAUAUGCAACGAACUGCACAAGGCAAAUGAGAAAAGAGCGGAGCUGGAGGAGAUGCUUCUCCAGAAAAAUUACCUAGUGGCAGAGCUCGAGCAGUCGCAAGGAGAGCUGCAACGCGAGAAAGACCAUGUCACAAAGCAAGUUGAGCAGAUGUGCCAAGCAAACAGUAGCAGCGUCUUUGUAUUUGGCUCUGCCUCUACCACUACUACUAGUGCCAUUCCAUUAACAGAGUUCAGCCACAUGGAGAUAAAAGAAGCGACAGCCAACUUUGAUGACUCCAAAAAGAUCGGGCAAGGUGGGUGUGGAACCGUCUACAAGGGAUUUCUCCGUCAUACUACCGUAGCCGUAAAGAGAUUGAACCGUGAAGGCACAACAGGAGAUAAAGAGUUCAAUGACGAGGUAGAAACACUUUGUAAGAUGAGGCAUCCGAACCUUGUCACCCUGAUAGGAGUGUGCAGGGAGGCCAACGUGCUGGUCUUCGAGUUCUUGUCAAAUGGAAGCCUAGAGGACUGCCUGCAGCACGACCACCAAAGAGAGGCGCUCUCAUGGCGAAUGCGCGUGAGAAUUGCUGCCGAGAUCUGCACGGGACUUAUCUUUCUCCACUCCAACAGACCAAAAGGCAUUGCCCAUGGUGAUCUCAAGCCCGACAAUGUCCUUCUCGACGCCAGCUUUGGCUGCAAACUGGCAGACUUUGGGAUCUCCCGUCCCUUGAAUGUGACAAACACAACAAUCACCCCUUACCACCGAACAAACCUACUCAAAGGCACAAUGGGAUACAUGGACCCGGCAUACAUUGCCUCAGGGGAGCUCACAGCACAGUAUGACGUCUACUCCUUUGGGGUGGUGCUUAUGCGGCUGAUAACUAAUAAGAGCCCCCUAGGCCUUCCUCAUGCCGUGGAGGCAGCCCUAAGAACUAACAAGUUGCCAGAUAUAGUUGAUACUUCUGCAGGGGAAUGGCCAUCUGAGCCUACUAAAGAGUUGGCAAGACUAGCACUCAGAUGUUGUCGGUAUGAGAGAAAAGAGCGACCUGAUCUUGAAAAUGAGGUCUGGGAUGUGAUUCAAGCUAUGUUGAACUAUCCAGAGGAUAAAUGCAAGCCACCAACAUUUUUCAUCUGUCCAAUGACACAGGAGAUCAUGAGGGAUCCAUGCAUCGCUGCUGAUGGAUUUACAUAUGAACGUGAGGCCAUCAAGGACUGGCUUGCAAUGGGGAACAAAAUGUCCCCCAUGGCCUACCUCAGUUUGGCACACCAUGAGUUGACACCGAACAAUGCCCUUCGCUUUGCAAUUCAAGAAUGGCAAAAGCGACAGCAACAAUGA